AUGCAUUUACUGACAACCCUGUGGUCCCUGCAGAAGUUGCAGAAUGCACGUAGCCCAGGCAGUUAUCCUUCUUUGUCUUCCCUGAAACCGUUUGCACGGCUACGGCUAGCAACACUUCGAACCCUUGAGCCGUCCAUCCUCUCUGUCCGCUGCUUGCAUACAGAAGCACUCCAAUCAAGCCCCCCUCCCAGUGAUGAUGGCAUUCAUUGGAAUCCAUUAGACCACCCAAAGACAGGACUCAGAAAUGAAACACCGGAAGCAUGGACGGAACAAGAGGAAAGCCUCCCGUUCGAACAACAACAACAACAACCAGAUGGUGCGGAAAAUAAUGGCCUGACGAAGGCCGCUCUCGGACAAACAUAUACCGUACAGGAGUCAAGACUUUUCAACUUGAAAUUGCCUCCAGUAAACCUUCAAUCAUCCAUAGAGACAUUAAAACUAGCACGAGGGCUUGGUCUGCCGGAAGAUGAACUUGUUCUUGAUCCGUACGAUCGGGCUCCUCCAGAAGGACAGCCCCGAUCUGGAAAGGGCCGGCGCAGAGAAUUAGCACCUGCUAUUCGAAUGCGAUUGGCCUUCUUGCAAAAAACAUCGCUGCCUCAUAUGAAGGAGAUGGCCGCUAGAAGAGCAAAGCUUCCCAUCGCUGCGCAUGAUCAGAUCGUGGGCGAGAAGUCCCUCAUCAACACCAUCAAUUGCUCCGAUGUAACAGUCGUUUUGGCCAAAACGGGCUCUGGCAAAACAACUCAAGUGCCUCAGAUAAUUCUUGAAAAUGCUAUCCUUAGAAAUCAAGGUCCGGACACGACCAUUCUCUGUGCCGAACCACGACGAAUCGCAGCCACUUCUACCGCCCGUCGCAUUGCUUACGAGCGAGACGAAGCCCUUGGCCAGUCAGUUGGCUACCAGAUUCGCAACGAGCUUAAACUUCCCAACGAGCGCGGGUCCAUCACAUUGUGUACUACGGGGAUCCUCCUACAUCGCUUGUUGACCCGGGGCUGGCCAUUCCUACAACGGUAUUCCCAUAUCAUACUUGACGAAGUCCAUGAGCGUGAUGCCCAGCUUGAUUUGGUCUUGUCUCUCAUACGAAGACAUAUCCAAACUCUCAAGGAGUGCGGACUUGAUUAUCCAAAGAUCAUUCUCAUGAGUGCCACGAUUGAUCCAAGCUCUUUCUUGAACUAUUUCGUCCGUUCAUCCGAACCAGGCACCCUGACGGCCUGCUCUUUCGAGGUUGGGGGCAGUGGCCAUCCUGUCAAUACCCUUUAUCUGCCAGAAAUUUUGAAUGAGCUCGCUGUGGGCAAGGAUCUGCAUCCUACGAUGCAAGCUCUGCUCCAGGGGAAGACCGCCAAAUCUAGUGCUGAUUACAUCAAGAACGAAUUAAUUUAUGGAGCCUUGCACCAAGGAACUGGGCAGGAAGCCAACUCUGAAGAUGCAAACGUCGGCGAGACUUGCUCUGUGACAGCCUUUGAUGCCAGCACAACUUCAUCCGUAUCUACACCCAGUAGCCACUACCUAGGCUUGGUAACGGCGGUGAUCGCACAUCUAGCGUCGACGAAGCCUGAAGGCGAUGUGCUAGUCUUUUUACCUGGCAAGCUAGACAUCGACACCAUUUAUGACCUUCUAAGAGAUAUGAAACCUAUGGGUAUUGACUUCGAAGAUGAGAGGAGAUUUAGAAUCUUCAAGCUACACUCGGCAUUCCGAGAUACAAAUGACAAUGUCUUCACAAGAGUUCCCAUCGGUUGCCGAAGGAUUGUGCUGGCGACGAACAUUGCCGAGACUUCAAUCACGUUGCCCGAAGUGGUCUACGUCGUGGAUGCUGGAAAGAUGAGGAAUAGCAUCUACGAUCCACUGACUUUCAAGCGAAGCCUACCUUACGAAUGGAUUAGCAAGACGAGCAUGAUCCAGCGCCGUGGACGGGCAGGGCGGGUUUCACCGGGAAACUAUUAUGCACUUUUCACAGAGGAACGUUGUCGCACGUUCAGGCCGAUGGCGCGUCCCAAGAUAACUGUAUCUAAUCUUGCUGAUGUUGUUCUGCUUUUGGCUGCACAUCCAAACCACGGCGAUGCCGGCGACUCUUCCAGCCCCAGAGAAUUCUUGCGAGGCAUGAUCGAUCCACCGAGUGAAGAUGCUAUUGACUCGGCGUAUAGAGACUUGCAGAGUCUGAGUGCACUCGACAGUGAUGGCAAUAUAACUCGGGUUGGUGCAUUCCUUGCAGACAUGAACGUACACGCCGCAUCUGCAAAGGGAGUCUUGCUUGGGACUGUUUUCGGUUGCCUUGAACCUAUGGUCAUUCUCGCUUGCCACGAUUUCAACAACCCUCUGAUCCACAACGCUGAACUCAGCAUCGGUCAAGUACGAGAGUCCAAGCGUCACUUCGACCGUGAUUCAGAAAGUGACCUCUCUAUUCUCAUCGACGCUUUUCGACAGUAUCAUGCCGCUUCCCAAGCCGGCGACGAACUUCUCAUGAGUCAGCUUAGCGAAGAACGAUGCAUCAAGCACAGUGCCUAUGCAGAAAUGAUGCUGACAAGUCAAGCCGUCCAUCAGACGUUGGCUAAAUAUGGCAUGGUUGAUCCACCAGCAGAGGGCCAGACGAUUUUCGAAGCCAUUCCAAAAUUCCUCAACUAUAACUCUGACAAUAUGGUCCUUGUGAAAGCUCUCGCAGUGAACACUGUCACUGCGGAAUUGGCCGCUUGGGAUGCCACCGUCAAGAAAUGGACUUUGGAUAUCCAGAACAACGGCUACCCUUCCAGAGCCAGCAUCCUUCACGAAAAGACCAGGUCAGUCCGUCGGACCAGGCGCAAGUAUAGAACUGACGGUCGUCUAAUUGCGUAUGCAUGGAAGAGCAGCAACGACGACGUGAGCGACGGAGCAGUGUGGCUCGAGAACAAUUCCAUGGUCACACCACUGAUGCUGACUCUUUUCAGCCGCAGCGCGAGACUGGAAUCGCCUCAGACCAUCAAAUUCAAUGACUGGUUGAGGAUUGAGACUCGAGUUGAUGGCGUUGACGACGUAUUUGCAGCUCAAAGUGCACGAAUCGUUAUGGAGGCUAGAAAGAUGCUUGACCGGUUCCUCAACUGGACGUGGACUCGGAUCUUGCCCAAUGACGAGGCUGGGUUUGAGGCUGCGGCGAAGAACGUCAAAGCACACUUUGAUUCCAGCGCGACCACUUGUACAAUCGUCAAAGCGAUUACUGAAAUGCUCCGUUCAGACAAUGACUUUUGGCAAGCGUAUAGAGCAGAGCGUCGAGCAGACAUAGAGGCAGAAGAAGCGGCUCGUGCAGAACAGGCGCUGAUGCUUGCUGAGGAACGUGCUGAGGACAUGGAAUCUGUAUCCAACAGAUUUUUAUUGGCUCCAUAUGUCGGUGAGGACGUGGAGCUUAGGGCGGAGGAAAGGAAAGAGGAGGAAGAAGAAGAAGAAGAAGACGACCAGGAAGACGAGGAUGAUGGCCGUGGUGGUGAUGAUAGUGACAUGUCGCGCUAA